CUUUUCCACGUUUAAACAGGAAGUAAAGAGCCCUCUGCGGGAUUCCGGGGAAGCCUCCCCUCAAUGAACUGACAGCUAAACCCUUCGGUUCUGCCCUCGCACCCCCCGCUUCCCCCGGAGCUCCUCCGUCCACGUCAGGCGACACCGUGAAGAAGAGAAGUCGCUCAUUACAUCGGGAAAUCCAGUGAGAGAAUGGCCGAGAAGGUGCUGGUCACAGGUGGAGGCGGCUACGUUGGGAGUCACUGCGUGUUGGAGCUCAUUGAAGCGGGUUACCAGCCGGUCGUGGUCGAUAACUUCAGCAACGCUGUGAGAGAUGGAGGAGAGGGGGAUGUGCCAGAGAGCAUACUGAGGAUAGAGAAGCUCCUGGACACCAGCAUCGAGUUUCAUGAACUAGAUCUUUUGGACAAAGCUGGCUUGGAAAAACUCUUCAAAAAGCAUUCUUUCAGUGCGGUGAUGCACUUUGCGGGGCUGAAGGCUGUUGGGGAGUCAGUGGAGCAGCCAUUACGCUACUACAGAGUCAACCUCACUGCCUCCAUGAACCUGCUGGAGGUGAUGCAGGCUCACAGGGUGCACAACCUGGUCUUCAGCAGCUCAGCCACGGUGUACGGAGACCCUCAGCGCCUUCCCAUCGACGAGCAGCACCCCGUGGGCGGCUGCACCAACCCCUACGGCCAGACCAAGUACUUCAUCGAGGAGAUGGUCAAAGACCACUGUAAAGCCGAGAAGGAGUGGAACGCAGUGCUUCUGCGUUAUUUCAACCCGAUCGGAGCUCAUUCCUGUGGCCAGAUAGGAGAGGACCCUCAGGGUAUCCCCAACAACCUGCUGCCAUAUGUUGCCCAGGUUGCCAUUGGGAGGAGAAAGUUCCUCAAUGUAUUUGGGAAUGAUUAUGACACACUUGAUGGGACAGGUGUGCGAGAUUAUAUCCACGUCGUAGAUCUGGCGAAGGGACACAUAGCGGCGCUGAAGAAGCUCAAAGACAACUGCGGCUGCAAGGUGUACAACCUGGGAACGGGUACCGGGUACUCUGUGCUCCAGAUGGUGAAAGCCAUGGAAAAGGCAUCCGGGAGAGAGAUCGCGUACAAAAUCGCCCCUCGCCGCGAAGGAGACAUAGCAUCGUGCUACGCUGACCCAUGUCUAGCUGAGAAGGAGCUCGGCUGGAAGGCCCAAUUUGACCUGGAAAGAAUGUGUGAGGACCUGUGGCGCUGGCAGUCCAUGAAUCCCACUGGAUUUUCCAGUGGCACAGACUCCUGAUGCAACGUUAUUGUUGAGUCUUCCAAAUCACCGGGACAAAGGCAAUCAUCGACAUCCACAUGAUAUAAACACCAUAAUUAAGCUACAUGCGUAAUGUUUAGUGAUGUCUCUUGUACGCCUGAAAUCUUGUUUACAGUUACUACAAGAAAAUGAUCUGUAUUGAAAGUAUAGAUUAACAAUGGACAAUUUAUCUACUGAUCUAUAAGGGAAAGAAUAAAUAAAUUUUCUUACUGAAUAAA